AUGCACAGGGAUAGAAGGUGGAGUAUAAUGAGCUCUGAUUGCAUGAUAACUGCACCCACAAACUAUGCUUUAUUUCUUAAACUACCAAAGAAGCCAUACUACAGAAUUGUCUACAAAACGGUCCCAAAAUUGAGUACAACUAGAGUAAACCAAAGCUACAAGAUUUCUUCUUUAAAGAAAAGAAAUACGAUGAUUUACAAGGACUACAAAACGCCUGUACUUUAUUUUCUUAUUCACAAUAAUUCUGAUAUUCCUAUCGAUCAGCAGCUCGCAUCGAUCUUUUAUCUGAGAUAUUCUGCUGUCAAUUAA